UCUCUCUCUCUCUCUCUCUCUCUCUCUCUCUCUCUCACCCACAGUCUGAAGCUCUCGCUCCACAUCUGCGUGUCCACACAUCCACACGCGCUCGCGCUCUCUCUAUCCCUCACUCCGUUCGCGCUCUCAGUGGGAUCACACGCACUCAGUGGGAUUUUACUCUCUCUCUCUCUCUUUCUUCUCUCCUGAUGAACAGGAAUACUCGCUCUGUCUCUCCGCUGUUGGUGGCAGAUGCCCAGAGCCCCACUCUCUCUCCCUGGCCUCGUCAGUAGUGUGCUGAGUCCAGCGGAGGCCCAUGGCUCCGCCCCCGGCCCACCGCCUGCUCCUCCUGCUGCUGCUGCCCACGGCAGUGUUUUGCUGGGGGAGUACAGGGGUUCCAGAGUCACCCUGCCAAAAAACUGAGCACCCCCUCAUCUCACACACAGAAAUUGAGCCGUGGAUCCGCCGCUUCAGGGCAGAGGGCACGGUGGAUUAUUCACAGCUGACCUUUGACCCUGGCCAGAACGAGCUGAUUGUGGGCGCAAGGAAUCAUCUCUUCAGGCUGCAUCUGGAGGACCUCGCAUUGAUCCAGGAAGCAGAAUGGCACUGUGACGAGUUCACCAAGGGGGCCUGCUUCAGCAGAGGAAAAUCAGAGGAAGAGUGCCAGAAUUAUAUUCGUGUCCUGCUGGUGAAUGGAGAUAGGCUUUUCACCUGCGGCACAAACGCCUUCACCCCUAUCUGCACCAAUCGCACGCUGACUAAUCUCACAGAGAUCCAUGAUCAAAUCAGUGGGAUGGCACGCUGCCCUUAUAACCCUCUUCAUAACUCCACGGCGCUCAUCACCUCCAGUGGAGAGCUGUACGCUGCCACUGCUAUGGACUUCUCCGGCAGGGACCCAGCCAUUUACCGCAGCCUGGGGGGUCUACCCCCUCUCCGCACAGCACAGUACAACUCCAAAUGGCUCAACGAGCCGAACUUUGUGUCCUCAUAUGACAUUGGGAACUUCACCUAUUUUUUCUUCCGGGAGAACGCGGUGGAGCAUGACUGCGGCAGGACAGUGUUUUCCCGCGCUGCUAGAGUGUGUAAAAACGAUAUCGGUGGGCGUUUCCUGCUGGAGGAUACCUGGACCACCUUUAUGAAGGCCAGACUGAACUGCUCUCGGCCAGGAGAAAUCCCUUUCAGCUACAACGAGCUGCAGGGCACCUUCUUCCUGCCUGAGCUGGAGCUGCUGUACGGUAUCUUCACCACCAAUGUAAACAGCAUUGCUGCCUCAGCAGUGUGUGCCUUCAACCUGAGCGCCAUCACCCAGGUGUUCAGCGGCCCUUUUAAAUACCAGGAGAACUCUCGCUCCGCCUGGCUGCCUUACCCCAACCCCAACCCUGACUUUCAGUGUGGUACUAUAGAUUACGGCUCCUACGUAAACCUGACAGAGAGGAACCUGCAGGAUGCUCAGAAGUUCAUUCUAAUGCAUGAGGUGAUCCAGCCCAUCGUCCCUGUGCCGUACUUCAUGGAAGAUAACGUGCGCUUCUCUCACGUAGCUGUGGAUGUGGUGCAGGGCAAAGACAUGCUCUACCACAUCAUCUACCUGGCCACAGAUUACGGCACCAUUAAGAAAGUGCUCUCUCCGCUGAACCAGACCACAGGCAGCUGUCUGCUUGAUGAGAUCGAGCUUUCCCCCCCCAGGAGACGGCAGCCCAUCCUCAGCCUGCUAAUCCUGCACAGCCGCAGUGAGCUGUUUGUGGGCGUCAGAGACCAGGUCAUCAAAAUCCCGCUCAUUCGCUGCAACUUCCACAAGAGCCGAGAAGCAUGUGUAGGGGCGAGGGAUCCAUACUGUGGUUGGGAUCUGGUGCUGAAGAAGUGUGUGAUGCUGGAGGACAGCGUGAGCAUGAGCCAAUGGGAGCAGAGCAUCACUAAGUGUCCAGUGAGGAAUGUGACAGUGGAUGGGCACUUUGGUCCUUGGUCCAGUUGGAGGCCAUGUAGCCACAGUGAUGGAGGAAGUGUUGGACUGUGUCAGUGUCGAACACGAGCGUGUAACAGUCCAAGCCCACAGUGUGGAGGACAACAGUGCCAGGGCACCAGUGUAGAAGUGGCCAAUUGCUCCAGGAAUGGGGCGUGGACUCCGUGGACAGCAUGGGCUCCCUGCAGCACCAGCUGUGGCAUCGGCUUCCAGGUCCGCCAGCGAUCCUGCAGCAACCCCACCCCACGACACGGGGGCCGGGUGUGUGUAGGUCAGAACCGUGAGGAAAGGUACUGUAAUGAGCACCUGCCUUGCCCGCCACAUAUAUACUGGUCGGCCUGGUCACCAUGGGAGCGCUGCACAGUGCCGUGUGGUGGAGGAAUCCAGUCGCGACGCCGGACCUGCGAGAAUGGGAAUGAAUGUCCUGGAUGCAGCGUGGAAUACCAGUCAUGUAACACCCUGCCCUGCCCAGACCUGAAGAAAACAACUCCGUGGACCCCCUGGACCCCCGUGAACAUCUCAGAUAACGGCGGACACUAUGAGCAGCGUUUCCGCUACACCUGUAAGGCACGGGUGGCCGAGCCGGGACUGCUGGAGGUGGGCAGGCAGAGAAUAGAAAUGCGCUACUGUUCCAGUGACGGGUCAACCGGCUGUUCCACUGAUGGUGACCUGCUCCGGUCAGGCCGCAUUACUGGACUGACAGUUAAUGGUGGUUGGUCAGCGUGGAGCUCAUGGAGCCAGUGCAGCAGAGACUGCAGCUCAGGCAUCCGCAGCCGAAAGAGAACCUGCACCAACCCCAAACCCAAAUACGGCGGGACUUCCUGUCUAGGGCCUGCGCAGGAGUACCAGGAGUGCAACACAACACCCUGCCCAGUGGAUGGUGGUUGGUCCUGUUGGUCACCUUGGUCCAAAUGUUCGGUGACGUGUGGCGGGGGUCAUUACAUUCGGACUAGAACCUGCAGUAACCCCCCGCCGGCCUAUGGAGGAGACAUCUGCCUUGGCCUGCAUACUGAGGAGGCCCUAUGUAACACACAGCCAUGUCCAGAGAGCUGGUCAGACUGGUCUGAGUGGUCCCACUGCGACUCGGCAGGUGUUCAGGUGCGUCUCCGUCACUGUGACGUUCUUUUUCCCACCGGCAACCAGUGCGCAGGAAACAGCAGCGAGAGUCGUGCCUGCCUGUCUGACUCCAACUACAUCCCCGAGAUUUCUGUGGCACACUCCAGUCAUGAAGACAGACACUGUGGAGACUUCAAUGUCUUCCACAUGAUCGCUGUGGGCUUAAGCAGCUCUAUACUGGGCUGUCUGGUCACUUUGCUGGUGUACACCUAUUGCCAGAGGUACCAGCAGCAGUCCCAUGAUGCCACAGUCAUCCACCCCAUCUCCGCCGCACCUCUUAACACCAGCAUCACCAACCACAUCAACAAACUGGACAAAUAUGAUUCAGUGGAAGCUAUUAAGGCUUUCAAUAAGAAUAACUUGAUCCUGGAGGAAAGAAAUAAAUACUUUAAUCCUCAGCUCGCUGGAAAAACAUACACCAACGCCUACUUUACAGACGUCAACACCUACGAUGACUAUUAAAGCUGGAUUUCAGCGGCCAGUGCUCCUUAAUUUCAGCAGCUUUGACACUGCGACCGGUACAUGCAGUCUAAUUUUGACAUUUUUCUCCUGCUUUGUGAUUUGCUAUUUGACGUUUUUUGUGGGACCAUUUCAACAUCACCUGUCCACCUCCCACCGAACCAUCUUCAAGCUAACAAAGGACAUCUCGCUCUCGUGGACGUUAAACCCCAACUCUGAAAACUCUUAAACAAAAAGAGCGGCAGGAAGGACAUCUCCAAUGCCGGAGAAACGUUCGAAAAACUUUUUAAAAAGCUGAUUUGAUCAGUAUGUGACUCCUGUGAACUUGCUGAGAACAUGCCUAAUGUUUGGGGAGAAACACUGGCGCUUCUUUUUUUUUUUUUUUUUUGCAUGAAUUUCAUUCAAAUGUUUUGCCUUCAUCGUCUCAUCAUUCAUUCGCAUGGUCGUUUGCGUUUAUGGACAGUUUUGUCUGCUUUGCUGAGAUGGCAUCUUCCCAAGAUCUUGUAUAAGUGCCCAGAAUACACUCUCUGGCCACUUUAUUGGAAACAGCCACUUUGUACUUCUGCUUUCUGUCCAGUCAAUGUACUUGAGCACCUUUAUAGCUCCAAUAUACAGGAGCACAGUUACAGACUGAAGCUCCAGCUAUUGCUGCACAGUUCAUCAAUCCUCCUCUACCCCUACCUUUCAUCAGUGUUCAGUUUAUGAUCACAGGGCUCCUGAUGUCCAGAUAAUAUUAAGGUGGAGGUCCAUUUUCAGCACAUCCUAGUGCCACUGCUAGUGUCAACUAGUGUAAACUGAAACUGACUAUUGAUAAUUGUCUUUUUAGCUUUUAUUAUUUAUAGUUUAAGCUUAAUAAUAGUUUUCUGUUAUAUAUUUAGUUUUAUAUUUACACCUUUUUAUUUAUUUAUUAUCUAUGCAUUUCAUAGUUUGCCUGCAUUAGAUUUUUACUGUUGCAUUUAACUAUUAUUUGUUUAUCUUUACAAUUUUAUAUAUUUUCAUUUUUUUAAUCUGUAUUGAAACCUUUUAAAUAACAGUUGAUUGAUUCACUGGUUGAUGAAUAUGAAUAUCUACAGGAUAGCAGAAGAGCUACAGUCUCUAACUGUACUCCAGCAAGGUGGAGCUACAAAGGACUAAGGUGUUUGUAAUAAAGUGGCCAAGGAGUGUAUUUACCGGUCCAAAAAAAAAGAGAAAAAGAAGAAGUGAGCGGGCACAUCAGACAAAGUCCAGACAAUCAAGAUGUAGAUACUUUGGUGUCUGGAAAACGUGUUCAAAUGUGUCUCUUUCAGGCUCCCGUUAGCCGAGUUAUUAACCGUGGUCAGAAUAUCAGUGUUUUUGUUGUACAGUUACACUCAACAUUAACUGUAUGUCUGUGUAGCUUUUGUAGAUCAAACUGUUAUAAUGCAGUGUUAGUUCGCCCCACCUUAACCCAGCGUUUCAUCAGCCUCAUCCUUUUAACACUCAGUUGUGUGUAAAAUACAGAAAAAAAGUGAAGGAGACAGAAUGUAACUCUUCAAUUCCACCUUAACAGCACCUUUUUAUAACUCUAAUCCUUUGAUAAUUUGAAUACUAUGAGCAUAUUUUAUGUUGUUCUGAUAUUUUCAAGCUGGAGAAGAGAUCAAAAAGUACUAGUAUUAUUGUUGUCAAUGGAAACACAUCAACUUCACAAAGCUCAUGUUUUCUAAAAGGGAAGGUAAUGGCCUUUUUUCUUCAUUGUCAGAAGGAUUAAUGAAAUUCUCCAUGAAGAUAACCAACCGCCUGUGAUGGAACGUGCUGGGGUUUUUGUUCGUUCGAUUUCUACUAAUUCUUUUUUACCUGCAAAAAGUUCUGUUCGCUUGUUUUAAUGUGCAUAAAUUAAAAAUGCUUCAUAUA